AUGUACGCUACAUGUGACGAAAAGUUUGAAACAGCCAUUCGCUACAAUUGUCAUCCGUACUAUUGGCACGCUAUACCCCGUAAAUGCGUGAAAGAUUAUGUCGCACUUGAUUUAAACAAAGCGAUACGGUUCCAAGAAAUUUAUUUUUUGGAGACCACAUUCAUAACUGUCUGCUGUCAUGUGAGAACGGUUCCUUACACACAAUCCUGCAAAACAAUGGCAUGUGACAUUAUAUCAGAAAGUCCUGAGCGGCUUUAUAUGAAAAUGUUUUUUAUGAAUUACAACAAUAUUACUGAAACUCGCGAUGAAACUUGGAUAUUUGAUUUUUUUAAAUUAAUGAAAACUGAAAGUAUUCGUUUGGAAACAUUUACAAAUACAGUGGGGGCAACCUGGAACUGUGACCAAGUAUCGCCGUGCUUGUUGGCUAAUGCCGGUUUUUUUAAACUUAACGACAACAAAGUUAUGUGCGCCUUUUGCCGGGGAAUAAUAUCUAAUUGGCAGCCUGCCGACCGCCCGCUAUACGAACACGCACUCCAUUUCCCUCUAUGCCCAUUCAUUAUGGAGGUCAAUGUGGGAAAUGUACCGAUAGGACCCGAUCCCAUUCUUGACGCCCCCGGCGAACCGUGUUGUGGCGGACAUAUGAGUCGUAGCGCUGAUAUUAUAGAUUAUAAGACAUACGAGCAGCGAUUGGCGUCAUACGCUUCACAUGAAACAUUAUUUCUCUUAAAUAUUAGACUAUAUGCCGAAGCAGGGCUAUAUUAUAUUGGUCCCGGAGGUCGGCUAAAGUGUUUUCAUUGUUUUGGCGGACUUCACAUACCUGGCGGCACCGACGAUAACGAUCCUUGGGUUCUACACGCAGGCACUUUUCCAACGUGCGGGUUCAUGAGACAAGAAAAGGGGCAAGAAUUUAUCGACGAAUCAGUGGAAAUUGUUCGCGAAUUACAGUUAAAACGCCGCGCGAUUGGAACGUGGAUGCGUGCACAUUUUGUGCGCGACUUUAUUGAUUUAAAAAUGCAGCCCCGAAUUCGUGUGUUUGAAGUGAUGAAUGAGCGAUGGGAACAGCACCGACAGCCGUUUACAUCAUUUUCACAAUUGUAUGACGCGUGUAUAAACAGAUAUGGCGGACAAGCGCCGCUCAAUGUAGGCGCUACCCGCGAACAAGAAAAUGAACCAGAAGAUACCACUGAUAGCGACAAUUCAAUUAUAUGCAAGAUAUGUUAUGAAAAGGAAUUGGGGGCGGUGCUUCUACCUUGUUGUCAUAUCGCUUCAUGUAAAUCGUGUACGAGAAAACUUAACACCUGCCCAAUAUGUCGUCACACAGUGCAAUCAACACUGAAGAUAUUUUUUUCCUAA